AUGCGGAAGCGGAUCACUGUUCCAAUGGCUUCGAUGAUACCUAUAAGGUUUUCAUUUUUACGCUCCGUUGCCAACGCCAAGCGUGGCAACUAUGGCAAUAUACCCCCCAUGAACAAUUACACAAAUAGACGGCCUCCAGUCCCCGGCGGCCCCGCUAUUCCUGGCUACGGUGGCGACCAUGGUAACGGCGGGGCAGGGGGUGCUAAGAAUCUCCGGUGGAGGUUCGGUUGCCACCUACGACGACUCGACCUGGCAACAUUUAACGCACGCACACUGAGGACUGACGAGAAGAUCCUGGAGCUGGAAGAAGAGAUAGACAAGUUGCGCUGGAGUAUUAUAGGAUUAUCCGAGGUCCGAAGAGAGGGGGAGGACACGGUGAUUCUCGAAUCCGGCAACUUGUUCUAUCACCGGGAGGGCGACCAUCUGUCCCAAGGAGGUGUUGGAUUUAUCGUCCACAAGUCUCUCGUCAACAACGUUGUACAGAUUGAGAGUGUGUCGACGAGGGUCGCGUACCUGAUACUCAGAAUCACCAAACGGUAUUCGCUGAAGGUCAUACAGGUUUACGCACCAACGUCGGCACAUUCCGACGAGGAGGUGGAGGAAAUGUAUGAGGAUAUUUCCAAAGCCAUACAUUCCUCCAAAACCCACUACACGGUGUUGAUGGGAGACUUCAACGCAAAACUAGGCACAAGAGAAAACGGUGAGCUGAAGUUAGGGAAAUUUGGAGUAGGGCAACGGAACCGAAGGGGCCAGCAGCUGGCCGACUUUAUGGAGAAAGAGGGACUCUUUAUGAUGAACUCUUUCUUCCAGAAGCGGCCCCACAGGAAGUGGACCUGGUCGAGCCCCGACGGUUCGACAAAAAAUGAGAUUGACUUCAUUAUGACGACCAGACGCCAACUGUUCAGUGAUGUCUCAGUGAUCGCAAGGGUGAAAACUGGCAGCGAUCACCGAAUGACGAGAGAUGAGGCUGCAAUCGUCAACAGAUUUGACAGCAUACAGGCAACUGAACAGACAGAUCUCCAAAUGCAUGCGGCGAGACUUACGCAACUUUAA